AUGGUAACAGAUCCAUGGGAGUUUUGGACAAGUAUCAAUUCACCAAAAUACGUACUUGCUCCUAUGGUGAAUCAAAGCGAACUAGCAUUCAGAAUGCUUUGUCGGAAAUAUGGUGUACAGCUUGCAUACACACCUAUGCUACAUAGCAGAAUAUUUUCAACUGAUUCUUCAUACCGCCAAACGAGUUUUCAAACUUGUAAUGAGGAUUUGCCACUUGUAGCUCAAUUUUGCGGAAAUGAGGUCGAUACCAUAACGAGAGCUGUAGAUUAUUUGGAUAGUUCAGUCGCCGCAGUAGAUAUAAACUUGGGCUGUCCCCAAACAAUAUCACAAUAUAAAGCUAGAAAAGUGGUUUUAAAGUUACAGGAUAGACGGAAGGGUGAGCCUUACUACAAGAAGUUAGGGUGGUAUAAUCGCUAUCGACCCAUAUUGACAUCUGAAACCGUUUAUUGA